GUGGAACGAUCCACAUGGUGUGCAGGAAUAAGGACAAAGCUGAGGAGGCAAGGGCUGAUAUUGUCAAGGAGACUGGAAAUAAAGAGGUCUAUGUUCAUAUCCUCGACCUGUCUGAGACCAAGAAGGUCUGGGAGUUUGCUGAGGGCUUUAAGAGGAAGUACAAGUCUCUUAAUGUACUGAUCAAUAAUGCGGGUGCCAUCAUGAGCCAGAGGGAUCUGAAUGCAGAGGGGCUUGAGAAAAGCUUUGCUACUAAUGUCCUGGGGGUUUACAUUCUCACCAAGAGUCUCAUUCCACUGCUGGAGAAGAGUGUGGACCCCAGAGUGAUCACAGUGUCAUCAGGUGGAAUGCUGGUGCAGAAGCUCAGGACAGGAAACCUGCAGUCUGAGAGAGGCCGCUACGACGGCACCAUGGUCUACGCCCAGCACAAAAGGCAGCAGGUGGUGAUGACAGAGCAGCUGGCAAAAACUCACACUAACAUCCACUUCUCCGUCAUGCAUCCUGGCUGGGUGGAUACUCCAGCAGUGGCCAAUGCUAUGCCAGACUUUCAUCAAUCCAUGAAGGACAGCCUGCGGACCCCAGAGCAGGGCGCUGACACAGUGGUGUGGCUGUCUGUCUCUGAGGCUGCUGUCAAAAACCCCAGUGGGCGUUUCUAUCAGG